UUGGUUACUCUCAAUAGCUACGGUAAACAAAUCUUGUGUACAACCAGUUUCAACUACAUGGAUACAGAUAAAACUAAUUUAGUUAUGACCUGAUUGCAUGUUUUUAUAAAGCAGAAUGACCGCUGAAAUUCAAGGCAGUUGGUUUCCAACUGGAUACUAUGGCCAUUUCCGGAGUAAAUCACGUGCAGACUUUAUAUGUGAAUACAGACAACUAGCUAGACCUUUACCGCCAAAGAAAUUUGUUGUGCGUUCAAAGGAACCAACUAAAAACAUGUGUUCCUCCCAUGACAAAACAAGCAUUUUUAAUGAUGCCAUAUUUCCAACAGGUCUUGGUAGAAGACGAGUUCCCAAUAGCACUUACCAGUUUAAAAAUGAUUUUAUAACAUGGAUGCCAGAAAGGGAAUUUAUUGAAAAAUCUUACCCAUUAACUUCUACAUAUAAAGUAGACUAUAUGAGUGCCAACGCAAAAAAUCAGCUUCUUACAAAACGUCCAAAAACAUCUUUUGAGGGAGUACCGACAACGUCAUACAGAUAUGCUCAUGGGAAAAGCGCUCCAAAUAAAGACACAAUUGAUGCAAUGAACAACGAAGCCCUUAGAUUAAGUCUUUUAAAUCGCAAAGAUCGAGCAAUGACUGCUGUAAACAGAGGUAGAGAAUCAGUUGCAUCAUGUUUAACCUGGAGUUCUUUCAAACCAAACCUGAGCAGCGAGCAAACACUGAGGUCUAUGGUACCACCAGCAACACAGACAUCAGAAUUUAUACCCCACCCACCCACAGCACCUAAGCCUGAAACAUCAAUGGCAGUGUCACAACCACCUGUACAGCAGGCCUGGCCAGCACCUGAAGCAGCAGUCACCCAGCAACAGCAAGCACAGCCACCUUCUGCAGAAGUACAGGCUCCACCUCAUCCUAUAGCUGAAUGAUACCCUGUAGAUCUCUACUCAUAGUUAAGAUAGAUUGUGGCCAGAAUUGACAUGAUUCUUACUGUCAGUUGUCUCAGCUACAAUUGUACAUAUUUAAGAAUUCAAGAAAAGAACUUUGUGCUCUUCUACAAAACUACUUUCUUUAUAGUGAAAUAUUUCUAUCAAUUAUUAUGCCAAAUUAUCAGUAACUGUUAAAUCAGUGGUCUAUUUUGAAUGAAGUGGAAAGAUUUUUUGGUUGGUCAGGGGUGGAUUUCUGAAAUGCUGUUGUCCAGAAUUUAAUGGGUGAAAGACAGUUCCAUCAUAAUUUCUUUUAUAGUAUUUCAUUUGACUAACAAAAAGAUAUUUAGAGAUAAUACAACAUGGUGUGUUAGCCCACAAAGUUGAAGACAGAUUGAGCUUUUGGUAUAGUUGGGUACUCCGACCUCCAUAGUCUGACCUCCCAUUUGUCUGUCUUUUUAUAGUUUUCAUUAAACAUUUUCUUAAAGUUCUUAAAUAGCUUCUUCUCAUGAACUUGAUGGACCAAACUUAAUCUUUAAACACAUUUUGUUGGACCUUCCUCAAAUUUGCUGUAAUUGUUACACGUUUUGGGGCCAUUACAGCAAAAAAAAACAACAAAAAAAACUUUAAAUAACUUUUAAUGAUCUGCUUAAUAAAUACCCUCCAAACUCUGUCAGAAACAAUGUCAGAAAGUCAAGGUCAUCAGGUGAGCAACUUAGGCCCAUUUGGGCCUUUUGUCUUUAUUCCACAAUCUGCAUUUUUGUUUUGACCAGGUACUAUAUGUAGUAUAGAUAAAUUUUAUAUAUAAUCAAGGAUUUUUUUUAUUAUGCCCACAUGGAAAAAGGAUGAGUUAUACUCUGCUGCUGUAGAAAAUUAGAUAUGGCUGUCAAAUGCCUUAGAUUAUUGCCUGUAGUCAGAAGAUGACCCCUGUUGUUCUAAGGGUCAGUAAGUCAAAGGGCAAGGGAACCUUGAUCUUGAAAACGAAAACUGUUUUCAAUCAAUUAUUGGAGACUGCUAGGGUGUAUUUCAUAAACUUUUGUAGUAUGAUUGAUUAUUGUCAGUAGAUAACCACUGUUGUUUUAGGGUCACCAGGUAUCAUUACAUGUUUUAGGUCACUAGAGCCUACUUUAUAAGGUGAUUGUUUGUGAACACUGGAUGAAUUCUAUUAAUUUAUUGGUCAUUGUUCUAGGUCAUUGUGACCUGAAAAGUGCUUCUGAGAAUGCUUGGGUGAAUGGAUGUCAGACUUGAUAUUAAGAUGAUUUUUCUAUGGCUGUUGUUUUUAGUGUUAUAAAGUCAAAGAACAAAGUAAUCAUCUUAAUUAAAACUUUCUGAUUGAUGUUAAGAGAAUGAUUUUGACUAUGGCUGUCAAACUAUAGUGAAACAAACACUGCACCCACGGGCAUCAGUGACACAAGGACUUGGGGCACAAUCAGUUCAUGUAUGAACCAAAUGUUUUCCAUAUAUUUUCUAUGUUUUGAUCACUUGAAACCCUGGACAACACGAACAUUUUACACCGAGUGACCUAUGUUUUACUUAACAUAAAUUAAUGAUCAUUAUGGUUUUGUAGUCAAGGUCACAAUGACAGAGACUGCAAAUGGUUUGUAAUCAGUAACUGGAGAACAAACAAACUUCACAGGCUACCUGUGGUGAAAAGAUAGCCCAUAUUAUUUCAUGGGUCUGUAGGUCAAAGCUUUAAGCUGUGGUGAUAUUAUAUAAGUCUAUAAAAACUGGUAAGAACUUCAGCCAACAGACAUCAGACUAUAAAGGAUAUUUUCAGUUGUCCUAUUACUGCCAUACAUCAAAGCUGCAUUUAUUCAGACUGAAGUCAGGGAAAGGGGAGGUCACAUUUAUAUUCUUUACAUUCUUUUAUAUGUUAUUUUUAGGUUAUAUAUUAUUUUAGCUCACUGGAGUACCUAAUGCUCAAAGUGAUCACUCGCCAUCUAUCAGGUAUCCAGUAACAUUUUCCAAACAAUAUCUCUUGCGGAAGCAUUUGAUGAAACUUGGUAUGAAUAUUUCAUAUACCGCUUCUAGAAAUGUUCACAUGGUUCUGUUUUGCUUCACACAAGACUUAAAAACAACUUCUUUUGAACCGCUCCAAUUUUUUUCAUGGAAAUGUAUCCUGUUUGUCUGUCCAUGAAGAAUAUUUAAAUUUAGAUUUGUCAAAAACAUGGCCACAAGUGACUAUGGUCUUUUUUCCCUGUAAAAAGUGGGUACUUAAAAGAAAUACUUGUCAGAAACUAAUGGCCCAUCUUUUUAAAGAUAUACUUGUCAGAAAUUGCUAAGUCAUAUUUUGAAAUGAUUCCCUAUAAGUGGUCCUUGGGUAACCCUUUACCAAAAAUGUUCGAAUUAUUCUGAUUUGUCAAAAUAGGUGACUACAGGGUGUUGUCAUGUUUAUCUGAACUAUUUUCACAAGAAUGUUCCUUAAGUGACACUCAAUCAAUAAAAGGUUGUCUAAAUUCAUAAAAAAACAUGGUUGCCAAGGAAUGGGGCUAUUUCCUUAUAUGGCUACUUGGAAAACAUUGAAAACCAUCUCUGAAUCUACAAGCCUGCUUUCCGGGUAAUUUGGCAGAAUUGGUUCCUGGAUGAUUCUCUUUUAGAUUUGUUCAAGCCAUUUUGUUUUAUCAGAAAACUUGACUGCAUUAGAUGGUGCUCUUUUCCUAUAUCUAUAUUAUGGAAACUUCAAAAUUCUAAAAUAACUUGGUACAAACAAUUUCAUUGGACCUGUUUUCUAAGAUUCUCCACAUUGUUUGAUUUGUAAUAAAACAUAGCCAUUAGUAGGAUGGGGUUAGUUUCCACAUCUGAGCAUGAAGUGCUCAUUGCGAGCUUAAAGGUAAAUGCCACAGUUGCCUAUAUGUAUAUAGGGAAAAAUUUUACUAUGGGCAGAAUUUCUUUAUACUUUGUGUACUGACUGAGAAUCAGAUUUAAAUCGGAAAUAUGUUUAAAAAUCAUAGGUACCCAGGCUUGAUUUUGAAUUAUCUGCCCAUGAAAGUCAGAAAAUAGCAAAAAAUCCAAUUUUCAAGGGCAGAUAAUUCAAGAUGAAGGCAAGAGAUCUGUGCAUUUUAAUUUUUAUUUCUGUUUCAGACUUCAUUUGCAGUCAGUAUAGAAAGUUUAAAGAAAUUCGGUCCAUUGAAAAGACCAAGAUCAUAUCAUUUUGCCAUGUUCAUAGAUAGAAGGACAUUUGCAGCAAUCUCUAUAUUGACAAGGGGAAAAAAAUUCUUACAGAAAGAAUUUCUUUUUAAAACUUUUUUUACUGAUAGAGAAUCAAAUCGAAAACAGAAAUGUGAAAUAAAAACAAACCACAGGAACCCAGCUUUUGUCAUGAACUAUCUGCCUCUGAAAGUUGGAAAAUUCUGAAAAAAUCUACUUUCAAGGGCAGAUAAUUUAAGAUCAAGCCUGGGUACAUAUGAAUUUUGAUACAUACUUCCGUUUUAAACUUCAUUCUCAGUCACAAAGUUUAAAGAAAUUCUGCCCAUAGGAAAAAUUUUGCCCUAUAUACAUACAGGCAACUGUGGUAUUUACCCUUAAAGGAAACUUAAAUUUUCCUUGUCGUUAAAGAAUAUCUUCUACAAAUAAAAUUUCAACAAAACUUUACUGGAAUGUAAAAAUUCCAUGGUUGGUUUUCCUUCAAAUUCCUUCAUAUGUAGGUCAUCCGUGCAAAAUUCUGGUUUCAGUGGUAACAAAAGGGAAAACUUAAAAAAAUCUCAAAAACUGCUGGUCUUGUUUCAGAAUAAUUUCACAGUAAUGUUCCUUGGUAAAUUUUCUAUCAAAUUCCGUCAGAUCUUGUUGCCAGGUGGCCAGGCCAGUUUUCACAGCACAGCUAGACUGAAACCUUAGGAAAUCUAGUUGCUCUCCAUUAUUUUGUCACAAAUUGAACUAAAAGGGUGUAGAACAAUAGAAAGUAACUUGAUUUUUGAGCAUGUAUUUCAAACCGGUUUGUCAUGUGUUACUUCUGUAUUAUUAUUGUACCAAUAUGCACCUUAAAACAUAGUUCUAGAUAUUGUAAUCUGUGCAAAAAUCCUUGAAAGGGAAAGCCAAUGUUAUUUUAAUGCUAGUUCUGUCUGCUAGGUUUUUAUAAAUCAUUUAAAGUAGUGAAAAUAUUUUCAGAAUUGGCUUAGCAAUGAGAAGAUUAAGAACAUUUCAAUGUAAGAUCAAAAUUGUUGUUGCCAGUUUUUGUUUCUUAGCAAAAUGGCAGGUUUAAAUUCGUUUUAAGACAUUUGUUUGAAUGGUAUUUCCUUAAUUUUGUAAACUAAUUUCUCUACUUGUCCAGUAGAGCGAAGGAAGUAAUCAAACUUUACAUCUUAAACUGAAGACACUGUAGAAAUCAAACUAUUUCAAGGAAAUUGCAGCCACAGUUGCCAUUUUUAGCCUUGUCUUGUGUGUCCAACUCCUCCCACACUGUUAGCCUGAUUUUGAAAAAUCAGUAACUGUUAUUAUCACUGGUAUUAGUUAAGAUUUUUGUUAAGGUCAAUCUUUUCUCAAAAACUGAAACUGCAAAUUUGUGUAUGACCAUUAGUUGGGUAUUUUGACAAAGAACCAUAAUUGUUGCUUGCAGUUUAUAAGAAUUAUGGCAGUACUCAGAAAAUGGAAUUUCUUUUUAUUUAGGUCCGAAAAUGGAAUUUCUUUUUAUUUAGGUCAUCUUUUCUUAAAUAUUAUAAGAGCAAUAAUUAUUGCUUUGAAACUUUACCUGUCAUUAUUACUCUUGCUUGCAUUUUUUAUAGAAAUAUGACCCAUUUUAUGCUCUAAAAUUUGAAUUUAUUGGUUAAUUUUGCAUAAUCUUUACCACUUCACAUGUGUAUUGGCAGGAUUUAUGCCACUACCCAUGUUUAUUUGCAUGAUUUAUGCCACUUCCCAUGUGUAUUGGCAUGAUUUAUGCCACUUCCCAUGUGUAUUGGCAUGGUUUAUGGCCACUUCCAAUGUGUAUUGGCAGGAUUUAUGCCACUUCUCAUGUGUAUUGGCAUGAUUUAUGCCACUUCCCAUGUGUAUUGGCAUGGUUUAUGGCCACUUCCCAUGUGUAUUGGCAGGAUUUAUGACACUGCAAAUGUGUGUUGGCAGGAUUUAUGCCAAUAUUUUGUUUUAUUUUGUAGUUUCAUGAUUAAACCACAUCUGUGAUAACAGACAUAUUGUUAGAUUUAAGGUAGUUCUGCAUGUUUGAAAUAAACAUUGUUCAGCUUUGUGGAAAUUUGUAGAUUCAUAUGUUUUUCAAAUCAUAAUUGUACUGAAAAGAAAUUCAGCUAUCUAAAAUGAUAGGUCCUUGUGCUUUUUUUUUUGUUGUUUCUUUUUGUUAGUCCAAUUUGAAAACAAUGGUUCUCUGGUCAAUUUUCACAAUGGGCUUCUAUGGGAAAACACACUUUUGUUGACAUUUUUUUAUACAAGUUAGAUUUUAAUGAAACAUUUAAUAGUUGUACAUUAACCUAUUUUAAAUUGUACGUCAAAAUAAUAAGUGGAGGCUCAUGUGCCGGAUAUUUCAAAGUACCAAUUAGAGGCCUUGCAUUGAUGCUUAUUUUGUGUAAAUGUUUUGAAUUAUCGUCAAAAUUAACCUUAACAAAUACACUUGCACUGGCUGUUCUACACUAAAUACAGGAGAUAAAAUAGAUUCCCAGCAACAUUUUGCUACUUGUAUAAUGCCUGCCAGGCAUUAUUCUAAGUUUUCUGGAUAAGUGAUGUUAUGCUGUCACCUCUGGUUAAUCAGAUGUGCAGAACUACCUUAAGAAUAUUUUUAUUUUAUUAGAUUAUUUGUAUGUAAUGUCUGCUUAUUGAAGUUAAAGUCUAUAAUAUGUUUUUUUUUGCUCUGGUUAAUUUCCUUGUCCAAGAAAGAAGUAGUAAUGUUACAAUUGAAUCUGUAUAAUUUCUUACAUUUUCACCAGUAGUGACAUUAAAAUUUGCCAUAGCAAAACUUAAACUAGAACAAUAAUUCAUUAAAUGUUUCAGCAUAGUUUACUUUAGAUCUAAUGUAAAAAUCUCCAUUGCUUUUGUUAUGUUUUAUUUUUAUCCUUAUACAUAAGAGUAAUAUAGAGUAGUUUGACAGAAAUAUUGACAUUGAUAUUUGAUGAUUUAGUGUGUACAUCAGAUGAAGUUUAUAACAAUCUUAAGAAGUGAAAAUAGCUGUAAUUAAGGUAACGGGCCUGUAAUGAGAAUGGGCUAUUUCUGUGAGAUUACUUACCCUGUGAUUUCAGCAUCUAUUGGCCAACAUUGCAUAUGGAGAAUAUGUAAACAAAGGGAUAUUGCUGAUAGUCAUUACACAUCAACUACAUUAAGGUAUCCUGUAGUAUUAACACAUUGUGAUAUAGUUGUAUAUAUAGUUCUAAUACAUAUUGUAGCUCUAAAAUUGUUUUGUUACAUGAUAAUUACAGAAAUUGGCCCUUUAAAUCUCUUCACAACCUUACAUUAUUUUACUUACAUAAACAUAUUUGAUAAGUCCAUAUUGCCUGCAGCAAUAUAGCUAAGGGAAUGGGGUGGGGGUCAGUGUGGUAUGUUAAUUCUCACAAUGUGUAAAUCAAAUGGAACUCUUCCAAAAUGUCAUAUGAAUACCAGUGCUGGGUAAAUCAAGGCAAGAGUCAUUAUGUUGUUGUCAUUUCUUUGAUUUAAAAGUUACAAUAUAUUAAACACAACUUUAUUUUUACAAUUGCCCAAUUGUCUAUUUGUUAUUUUGACCGCCAACCUGUUGCCUCAAUAGGCCAGUAAAAGAGAGCUCUGGGUGUAUUUCAGGAUCAUUAUAAAAUCUUAACAUUAUAUGAACAGUUCUGAUAAAAGUUAUUGCAAAUGAAGUUGAAUCUCCUGUUUUGUUGAUCUGAUUCUGAUUAUUAUAUAUUUGGAUUUGAAAAGAAAAAACAUGCCCACUGCCCACUGGUGGAUAGAACUUGUUUCCAUAUUUGUUUUUAUACCUGUUGUAGCUGUGAAACUUGGGUAAGCAGAUUGGGCAAUUAUGGCCUCCUUGUUUGUAGUAUGUUCUCUUGUGAGGGCAAUACAUUAUAUAACAAGUAUAGCAGUAGGCAUUUUUUUAUGUCCCCAAUGUCCAUGACACUGAAUGCAUAUAGUAUUUGAACUCUCUGUCAGUCUUUAUGUAGGCAACUCCUAUAAUUUCCAUCCAGUAGAAAUGAAUCUAGCAGGGACUUGCAUAUUUGCUUAUAUGGGCCUUUUUCUGACUGAAACAUCACAUCUGCAUCAGAAAAGUGUUAAAAACUAAACCUUGUUUCCAUCCAAUUGAAAUGAAACUUGGUAUACGUCAUUUAUAUGAAGUGGACAUGAGCAUAAUGUCAGAAUUUUCAUGUCGGCUUAUAGGAGACGGCAGAAGCCUUGUAGUAAUCACUGUUUCUGUGUUUGUCUGUCAAGUCAGGUUGAAUUGUCCAGGCCAAAACUUUUGAAAAACUGUUGAAGGGAUUUUGUUAAAUGUUCUUACAAUGACAGACAACAUUUAGAGGAAGUGCACUAACAAGAACCAUAACUCUAGUUUGCUUAGUUUUUAACUCACCUGUCACAUAGUGACAAGGUGAGCUUUUGUUAUCGCCUGUUGUCCGUCCACAAUUUCUUAUGAACACGAUAGAGACCACAUUUUGCAAUCAAUUUGAAUCAAACCUGCACACAACUUGUAUUGGCAUAAUAUCUCACCGUGGCCCAGUGGUUAAGGCGUACGCCUCGGGAUCGGGAGGUCAAAGGUUCGAGCCCCAUGGGGAGCGUUCGUCCCGGGGAUGUUUGUCAUGGGACUCAUUCCAAAAAGGCUGGUUCGUGAGCCGCGAGCUAGUUAAAUGAAUGGUUACCGACUUCUAUCUGCCUGGCGUAGUGGUAGAAGUUGGGAGGUAAUUGGUACGCACAAUAAAGGUGUCUCAUUAGCCAAAUUGGCUGACCCUUUCAAUAGGGGUGACACUACAAUAAACAAGACCUUUAUCCUUUUUCCUUUCGAAAACUGGCCAGAUCCCAUUAUGGGUUCCAAAGUUAUGUCCCCUUAAAGGGCCAAAAUUUGCUAUUUGGCUUGUGAACAUGAUAGAGACCACAUUUUGCUAUCAACUUUAAUCAAACUUGCACACAACUUGUAUUGACAAAAUAUCUUUGUUCCUUUUGAAAACUGGCCAGAUCCCAUCAUGGGUUCCAAAGUUAUGGCCUCUUAAAGGGCCAGAUUUUGCUAUUUUGGCUUUUGCAGCCAUAUAGAUACUUCAUUUAUGGUUUGAUUUGAUACAAACUUACAAAAUAUCUUUAACAACAAAAAAUUUUGGAUUCCAUGAUGAAUCUAUCAGGUCUAAUCAUAGGUUCUGGAGUUACGGCCCCUGAUUGACACCUGAAAGAGCCAAAAUUUUUGUUAAUUUUUACCUUGCAAACACAAAAUAAGUGACAUUUUGUAUUUGAUUUUAACCACACUUACACACAACUUAAGUCACAAUAAGAUCUCAGUUCCUUUUGAAAACCGUUUAGAUUCUAUCAUGGGUUCUAGAGUUACUGACCCUGAAAUGGGCAAAAUUUUCUAUUUUGGUCUUUUAAGCCAUAUAGAGGUUUCAUUUAAGCUUUGAUUUGAUACAGACUCGCACAGAAUGAUUAUCUUGAUGAUCUCUAGGCCUGGAAUGGAAUUGAGUCCUGUCAGGUCAAGAACUAGGUCUGGAGGUCAUCAGGUCAAAUCAAAGGAAAAGCUUGUUAACAACCUAGAGGCAACAUUUAUGACCCUAUCUUCAUGAAACUUGGUCAGAAUGUUCAUCUUGAAGAUUUCUAGGCCAUGUUUGAAACUGGGUCAUAUGGGGUCAAAUCUAGGUCACCUGGUCAAAUCAAAGGAAAAGUUUGUUAACACUCUUCAGGCCACAUUUAUGACCCUAUCUUCAUGAAACUUGGUCAGAAUGUUUAUUUUGAUGAUUCCUAGGCCAAGUUCGAAACUGGGUCAUAUGGGGUCAAAAACUAGGUCACCCAGUCAAAUCAAUGAAAAGCUUGUUAACACUCUUGUUCAUUUGAUGUGCAUGAAACUUGUUAGAAUGUUUGUCUGCAUGAAAUAUCUUAUGAAUUUUUAUCUGGGUCAUGUGGGGUCAAAAACUAGGUCACCAGGUCAAAUCAAAGAAUAAAGCUUGUUUACAUGCUAGGGGGACACAUUUUUGAUUCUGUCUUCAUAAAGCAUGGUCAGAAUGUUUAUCAUGAAGUCUUGGAUGAUUUCAAAUCUGGGUCAUGUUGGGUCAAAAACUAGGUCACUAGUUCAUAUCAAAGGAAAAGCUUUUAUACACUAGAGGCCACUUUUUUGCUCCAAACUUCCCGAAACUUUGUCAGAAUGUUUUUAUGCCCUCGAAGGGAGGCAUAUUAGUUUUCAACUGUCCGUCAGUUCGUUCAUCACAACGUUAACUAUUUGCAUGAAGGCACUUUACUCGCGAACCACUGCACCCAGGACCUUCAAACUUCACAUGCUGAUAGUACUUAUUGAGUACACGACCCCUGCUGACUUUGGGGUCACCAGGUCAAAGGUCAAGGCACUGCAGGGGGCAUUUGUCACCAUUAGUGACAGCUCUCAGUUUUUCAUGAAAUUUUGGACAAGUUUGAAUCUGGGUCAUGUAGAGUAAAAAACUAGGUUGCUAGGUCUAAUCAAAGAAAAUGCUUGUUUUCACUCAAGAGGUCAUGUUUUCUAAUCCAAUCUUAAUGGAAACUGGUCAGAAUAUUUGUCUCCAUGACAUCACUAAGUAAAACAUGUUUACACUGUUACUCAGGUGAGCAACCUAGGGCCAUCUUGGUCCACUUGUUUUUAUACCCCCACCAAACAUGUUUUAGGGGGGUAUAUAGGAGUCAGUUUUGUCGCGUCCCGUCGCGUUGCGUCCUGUCCCAUCCCGUCGCUUCCCGAAAUCUAUUAUCUCAGUUAUUACCAAAUGGAUUUGAUUCAAACUUAAAAUACAUGUUUCACCUUAUCACCCACAUCAUGUGACACAAGGUGCAUAACUCUUGACACCAAGUUUUCAUGAAUUAUGUCCCCUUUUACUUAGAAUUUAAGGUUAAUUUUGUUGUAUUUUCACUAUAUCUCAGUUAUUACUAAAUGGAUUUGAUUCAAACUUAAAAUAGAUGUUCCACCUCAUCACCCACAUCAUGUGACAUAAGGUGCAUAACUCUGACACCAUUUUUUUUUUUAUGAAUUAUGCCCCUUUUUACUUAGAAUUUAAGGUUAAUUUUGAUGUAUUUUCACUUUAUCUCAGUUACUACUGAAUGGAUUUGAUUCAAACUUAAAAUAGAUGUUCCACCUCAUCACCCACAUCAUGUGCCCACAUCAUGUGACACAAGGUGCAUAACUCUGACACCAAGUUUUCAUGAAUUAUGUCCCCUUUUACUUAGAAUUUAAGGUUAAUUUUGUUGUAUUUUCACUAUAUCUCAGUUAUUACUAAAUGGAUUUGAUUCAAACUUAAAAUAGUUGUUCCACCUCAUCACCCAGAUGAUGUGACAUAAGGUGCUUAACUCUGACAUAAAUUUUUUAUGAAUUAUGUCCUCUUUUACUUUAAAUUUAAGGUUGAUUUUGAUGUAUUUUCACUAUAUCUCAAUUAUUACAAAAUGGAUUUGAUUCAAACUUAAAAUAGAUGUUCCACCUCAUCACCCACAUCAUGUGACACAAGGUGCAUAACUCUGACACCAAUUUUUCAUGAAUUAUGCCCCCUUUUACUUUAAAUUUAAGGUUGAUUUUGAUGUAUUUUCACUAUAUCUCAAUUAUUACAAAAUGGAUUUGAUUCAAACUUAAAAUAGAUGUUCCACCUCAUCACCCACAUCAUGUGACACAAGGUGCAUAACUCUGACACCAACUUUUCAUGAAUUAUGCCCCUUUUUACUUAGAAUUUAAGGUUAAUUUUGAUGUAUUUUCACUAUAUCUCAAUUUCUACUGAAUGGAUUUGAUUCAGACUUAAAAUAGAUGUUCCACCUCAUCACCCACAUCAUGUGACACAAGGUGCAUAACUCUGACACUAUUUUUCUUGAAUUGUGUCCCCUUUUACCUAGAAUUUAAGGUUAAUUUUGAUGUAUUUUCACUAUAUCUCAUUCUGAUUGGCUUAGAGCCAAAGGGAAGUAACCUUUUUUUAACCUUUGUACUGAGUUUCUUCCCCUUAAAUUCCAGGAAUUAGUCUAUUUUUAGAAAUCCUAUUUUUAGAUUUUCAAUAUUUUAGGUAUUUUUCUAACUUUUUUAUUAUAAGUCCUAUGUAAAAAGUAAAACAUUUUUCCGUGGUAACAUGGGUAAGACACUUUUUUGUAUUCACUUUUAGUGUAUCUCUAAUAUUAGAGAUUUAAUAUAUUUACUAGUAUUACUAUACUAGUAUUAUACUAGUAUUACUUAUAUGUGGAAGCCCAGGAUGAAGUACUCCAAAGUAUUUUUAAGAUUCCUUAUGGUUGCCAUUCUUCUGUGACAAGACCGUAUGGUGGGGGUAUGAGUCACUCCUGUGACAGUUCUAGUUAUUAUUUCUCUUCUUCAUAACUAUGAAAACACUAGUGAAUUCAGACUACAUACAAAGAUGGAGAACAUUUAGGGAAAGUGCAGUUAACAAAAACCAUUAGUCUGUCUUGCUUUCUUUCUUAAUUGUCUCCUUGCUUAAGUAUGUUUGAAGCUGAAAAGCUGUUCAAGGGAUGAAGUUGAUGUUUUUCUCUAUGAUAGAGGACAUUGAGAUUACUCUUUUUUUACAGAAGUAUUUCCCAUUGCUAUUUUGGUCCUAUGUGACUCUUGAUUAUAAACAUUUGCUUUACAAGAGAUAUUUUUUACACAAUAUCUUUAACUGCAAUAGGCUAACAGACAACAAUUAUACAGAACUGGCAGGGUCCUCUGAAUACAGAUAUUCUUUUUAGCUCAUUGAUUUUUUGAGAGAAAAAAUGAUGAGUUAUUGUCAUCACUUGAUCAUCGUCGGCAUCGGCAUCUGCAUCUGCAUUUCCUUGUUAAGUUUUAUGUUUAGUUCAGCUUUUCUACUAAACUAUCAGAGCUAUUGUUUAAAACUUGCAACACUUGUUCAUCAUCAAAAGCUGACUCUGUACAGCAAGAAACAUAACUCCAACCGGCUUUUUGCAAGAAUUAUGGCCUCUUUUGGACUUAGAAAAUAUCAGAUUUCUUGGUUAAGUUUUAUGUUUAGGUCAGCUUGACGGUCAAAGCUUUAUAAUGGGGUUAAAACUUGGAGCAGUUAUUCGCCAUUAAAAGCUGACUUUGCACAGCAAGUACUGUAACUCUACAUUGCUUUUUGCAAGAAUUAUGGCUCCUUUGGACUUAGAAAAUCAUGGGUAGGACAAUAUUUCUAUUAUACAGAGACAAAAAAAUCAGACGAGCGUCUGCACCUGCAAGGCAGUGCUCUUGUUUUUCUGGAUUUAUUAGUUGUAUUCAAGGACAGGUUUAUUGCAGGUCAAAAGAUGAAUAAACAGUUUCUUGCUGGUAGAUUAUUGUGUAUUGUGAUUGAAAAAGUUGACUCAAAAUCAUAUUUUCACUCUUCACCUUUUUGUUCCAACAUCUUUAGCUUGUCUGAUUUUGAACAAAAAUAUAAGAUAUAUUUUAGUCGCUUGAAUGUCAUUGUUAGCGUUAGGUAAGUUUUUUGUUUAGGUCCACUUUUUCUAGAAAACUGUAAGAGCUAUAGCUUCGAAUCUUUUUAAACUUGUUUAUUGUUAUUAAAUGAAUGAUUAGGUUAAGAACAAUAACUCCCACAUGCAUUUUCUUUUAAUUGUACGCUUGAAAUAGCAAUUUUUUGUUAAAGCUUUAAUUUAUGUCCUCUCUCUUUGGAUAAUUUAAGACCAGUAGCUUUGAAACUUUCCAAUCAUUAGAUGAGUAAGUAGGCCAAGAACUGUAACUCUGGCCUGUAUUUUAUCAGAAUUAUGAUCCUUUUUGUACUCAGGAAAAUGGGAACUUCUUGGUUAAAAUUUUCACAUGCAUUUGUCAGAAUUAUGACCCUUUUUAAUUCAGAAAUUGGAAAUUCUUGGUUAAAAGUUCUGUUAAGAUCCAUUUAAGAGUACUUACUUUGAAACUUUUUGUUCUGGUUUUUCAUUAUUAGUUGAGUACCGUAAGUUGACAAAGAAUUUUAACUCUAGCUUGCAUUUUUUCAGAAUUAUGCACUUUUCAUACCAAGAGUAUUGGAUCUUUUUGUUAGAAGUUUUAUUUAAAUGAAUGUUAUUAAAGUUAUAGAUAGCUUUCUACAUGUGUUUAUCAUAUGUUGGCAAAUAUGUAGGCAAGGAACCAUAACUCUGACUUACAUAUUCUCAGAAUAAGACUGUUUAUAUUUUUAGAAAGAAUCUGAAUUUCUUGUUUAUGCCCAUUUUUUCUUACAUACUAAUAGAGCCAUAGCUUUGAAACUUUGCACUCUUGUUUUUGUCAUAAGAUUAUUAAGAAAGUCAAGAACCAUAACUCUUCUUGCAUACUGCUUUGUGUCCAGCACUUACAGACAAGCAUUGACACCCACAAGUUUGUUGUAUUCAUCAGUCUGUAAAGAUAACAUAUGGUUGACAAACGGAAAAUUAAUGGUCCAUUUGUUAAAACUUCAGUAUGUCUUAAAUUUUGUCAGUUACAGUCUCUAUACGAACUUUAAAGAAAUUAAAAAAAUGUCGUCAAAAAUUUGAAAAUAUUGUUAGUUUGGAAAAAAAAGCAAUUAAAGGUUGAUUCUUGUCUGCCUUAUUCAAACUGAGUAGUAGGGACUUUGCCCUAGAUGGAUUUGGUUUAUAUUACAUGAACAAUAUUCCAUAAAGCUUGUAUGACUUUAGCUUUACUCAUAUUUAUAAAUGACCACAAGACUGAUCUAGCAUACUUGAUAGGGAUGCUUUGCAUUUUUUUUAAACAAAAUGUAAUUUUAUAGUUGUAUCUCUACAUAUGUAUGGGGAUAUAUUGUUUUUUUAUCCUGUCUUCUGUAUCUUCAUCUAUCCAUCCGCAACACAAUUAUGUUGCUCUGUAUCUUUUCAAAUAACUUAGAACAAAUGUUCAUCAAAAUAAAACUGCAUGGAGAAUGCAACAUUUGGCUAUGUCAUUUCAAGUCGAUCCUGUGAGAUCAGACGUCAGUACUUGUGUCUGCUCAAUAUCUUUUAACCUAUGAAAGGAUUUUCAAAGGACUUUGCAAAAAAAAUAACCCAUAAUGAGAGGGCAUGCAGAACACAGCUUUUGCCUCGUUCACUUCACUUUUUCAAAUCAAAAGGUGCGGUCAGAAGUAAAAUAAGCAGUACUCCCUGAAUAAUUGUUAAAUUGCUCAAAAUAACAUGUACUGAACAUUUUGCCAUGUCAGUUUAAGGUCAAGGUCAUUUCAUUGUGCUGUGGCUAAAUAUUACACUUAUUUAAACUAAGCAGUUUUAGGGGAUAUGCAACCUCUAAUUUUUAACCUAUGUUUGUUUAGUUAUUAAAAUUCAUAGUUUUUGUAGAUGUGUUAUAUCUCUGUUACUUAUUAUUUAGAUACUCCUUGUUAAUACUAUACACUUACUUUCACUGGUUUUAUAAAAUGGUAAUAAAUAGAGUAAUGCUAUAAA